CUCUUCCAAGACCCAUCUCCUCUCCUCUCUUCUUUACUAUUGUUAGCAUUCUCCUCUCACACAAUGGCUCAGUCCCCGCAAGAUCUUAAGGUGGCCAUUUUGGGCGCAGGUAUGGGUGGUCUCACCUGCGCUCUGGCCUUGGCCCGAGAGGGUUUCAAGAACAUCGACGUUUACGAGACGGCUCAUGACCUGGGCUUUGUUGGAGCCGGUAUCCAACUUGCCCCCAACAUGGCCCGCGUCCUCGACCGGUUGGGUGUGUGGAAGCAGAUUGAGGCCGAGGCUGUCAACAUUGUUGAGACCAGCGUCCGGGUUGGAGCGACGGAUGCGGAAUUGGCCCACGUACCGCUGGAAUACAUUGCGGAUACCUAUGGCUACCCGCACAUGGUUGGACACCGUUCCUCCCUCGCCAACGGCCUCUACCAGGGCUGUCUCCGCCACCCCGACGCCAUUCGCUUCCACUUUGCUACCACCGCCCAAGAUGUCACCUUUGGCUCCAAGCCGUCCUUCAAGGCUGUUCCCCGCGACACCACCCAGGAGCCUUACCGCGUCGAAGCCGACGUCCUCCUCGGCGCCGAUGGCAUCAAGUCCAACACGCGUGUUGCCAUGCUCGACCUGCUCGGCAUCCAGGCCGGCGUCAAGGACACCAACCAGGCCGCGUACCGGAUCAUGAUCCACAAGGACCAGGUCAAGGACGACCCGGAGCUGCUGGCCCUGAUCAGCGGCAACAAGGUCACGCGCUGGAUCGGCGAGAAGCGCCACAUCAUCGCCUACCCGGUCUCCAACAACACCAUCUACAACCUCUCGACCACCCAGCCCGACAUCAACUUCGCCGCGGCCACCAACGCCACCUACACCACCCGCGGCGACAAGUCCGUCAUGCUGCAGGUCUUCGGCGACUUCUGCCCCAUGGUCCAGCGCAUGCUCGGCUACGUCCCCGAGGGCGAGGUCUGCGAGUGGAAGCUGCGCGUCCACGAGCCGCUGCCCACCUGGGUGCACGAGUCGGUCGCCCUCGUCGGCGACUCCUGCCACCCGACCCUGCCGCACCUGGCCCAGGGCGCCGCGCAGGCGAUCGAGGACGGCGCCGUCAUCGGCAAGGUCCUGGCCAAGCUGCCCGACACCACCCCGGCCUCGAUCCACAAGGCCCUCAAGGUCUACGAGAAGAUCCGCAAGAACCGCGCCUACGCCCUCGUCGAGCUGGCCGCCGCCUCCGGCCGCGCCUUGCACCUGGGCGACGGCGCCGCCAAGGAGGAGCGCGACAAGCAGUUCGCCGCCCUCCGCGAGGGCAAGGGUCCCGUCCCCGACAAGUGGGCCGACGCCGACGUUCAGCGCGAGAUUUAUGGUGUCGAUGUCACCCAGGAAGCCACGGAGCGCUUCGAUGAGCUGUUCGCGGCGUAAGCUUUUCCCGUUUCUUCUUCCCUCCUCCUGUCGAUUGUUGUGUGUGUAGUCUCUGGCCCGGCUGCUAGUGAUCCACCCCUUUGCAUGUUUUGUAUAUUUUUUUUUUCUGUACAUAGAGCUGAUGGGGAAUAUUCUCUUCUUGACAAAAAAAGAUCAGGUCGUGAAGCCAAACUGGUCUGAAGCCCGUUCUCCUUUUUUUUUUUGUUUUUUUUU